UCGAGUCUGGGCAGGUUACAGGUAGUUCAAGGAAGCAAAGUGUUGCGAGUAAACAAGUUGUCUUUCAAGAGCGAAAAGGAGAGGAAUCGCUCGGGAGCACUUCUUCUUUCAUUUAAAUCGUCAACAUGUGGAUUUUAGUCACUAAGUGGAGGAAAUAGGUGGCGACGUAUUUGCCCUUCGACGUUUCUAGAAGUUUUAUCAGUGUCGACGUUGCGACACCUCCCUGAGCUUUAUUUUCUUUUAUUAUGUGUCGACUUUGGCUCUUGGUGAUAUAAACAGCUGCUUGUGUGGAAGAGUGUGUGAGUGGAUGAAACAAUUUGCGGCCUAUUAAUGCGCCCACCGCCGGGGCAUUAGUGACCAUGUUGGUUCAUCUUCACCACCUCUUCCUCCUCUUCCUCUUGCCCUGUGCAGAGAUGGCCUGUGUCAAGAGGUCGGCACCUAAACAAGAAAGGUCACCAGAACAAGUGUUCGUCGAUGAAGGGGAGGCUCAUUCGUUCCUGGGUCGUCAUCUGCUGUUCAACCGGUUCGACUUUGAGAUGUUCGUCCCUGGGAAUUUGGAAAGGGAGUGUUUUGAGGAGGACUGCAAUUAUGAAGAAGCAAGGGAGGUGUUUGAGGACACACCAGCAACAAAUGAUUUCUGGAAGAAAUACACGGCAGAAAAGGAGAAACAGUCCUCAAAAGUGGACAUUACUUCUCUCUUGGUGGCACUGGUGGUUGUUGGAGUCAUCAUUGUCCUGGUGGGCCUCCUCAGCUGGUAUUUUUGUCCAGGAAAAUGUAAGAACGACUUCAGCCGAGCCAGUUCAGUUCGGGUUCGUCCUAGGAGAAGCAACGCUGCUCUCAUCAUACGUCGACUAGAGGAAGUAUCCUUACAGCCUGUGGCCCUGCCCCCUAUAGAGGACAUUGACCUUCCUGACCUGCCUUCUUACGAGCAGGCCAUCGCAAAAAGUGGACAACAUGACGCCCCGCCUCCUCCAUAUCCCGGUUCACAAACUGGCAAUAUUCGUCGAUAGAGUCUUCAGAGGAGCUUCACAUAUACCAAUCUUUCCAUGAUUUCUGAUUGAUUCACUUUUUAUUUCCCUGUCAGAAUUAAUAAGUAGGGUUGCAGAAGCCUAUUUUGUUCUAAUUCAACUUUGCACUGAAAUCCAUAUAGUCAAUAAGCAUAUUUACAAUUUGAUUCCAAAUUAAAUGAUAAUAAUUAGUAACAUAUUUUUAGGGAGCAGUGACUGCUUGCAAAGUAGGACUGAGCACUUUGUUCUGCUGGCUUGCAUAUAUCAUCUGCCUUUCAGCAUCUUUUUAAUGUUAUUCCUACAGUAAUUGUAACAAAUCAUUUUUAUGUCCGGUAAUGCAAGGAGAAGACCAAGGGGGAAGUGAUCUUGUGCAAUGUGAAAUCACUUGUAUGUUAAUAAGCCAACAGCUGCUGACGUUUUACAUUUGAGACAAUACAUGUAUUUUACAUUUCUGACUGUGCUGAGGACAAAAGCAAUAAAACACAUUUUAAUGGCAACCUAGAUGAAAAUGAUGCAUGCAAAUUGUCUUCAUGAGAAGGCAUCAAAUGUAUUGUAGUGUAAAUCUGUUUUGCUAAAUACUUGAAUAAA